AUGGAGGUGGCAAAUCCACAGCUGCAGCCCGACAAGGAGCAAUGGAGAAGGGAGAUGGAGGAGAGGUGGAGAACAACAGGGAGGCAGAGGGUGAGACCAUGGAUGAGCGAGGGGGAAGACGAUGAAAAGGCAGACAAUGAGGUGAGUGAGCAGGAAGAAGAGGCUGGUGGAGAAACUGAGAGUGAGGGAAUUGGAAUUUUGCAGCCGGUAACUUUUUCCAGCCAAGAUGAACUGGGAAUCUCAGCAGCAGAAGAUUCCCAGGAAGAUUCUGGACCUUUCAACGAUAAGAAGCUGUUAACCCUUUCCAGCCUUCAAGAGAUGGAGCAGGAAAGCUUAGUGACAUUAGAUUCCUAUGAAGGUACUAGACCUUCUAAAGAUGAAAAGAAGUAUCUCCAGAUUGAAGGUUGUCAUGAUGAUGAAAGAAAGUGGAGAAAGGGACAAAAUACUGCAAUGAAAGAGGGAAGAGAUGUUUGGGAAGAUGAGGGCAGAGCUGCUGUGGGGUUCUGGGGCCAUGAAGAGGAGGAGGAGCCCAGUGAAGAUGAUGAGGAGGAGGCAAUGUGCUCCCAGAAUGAAGAGAGCACAAAGGUCUACUGCAAUGACGACCACCAUGUGGAGAUGUUCCACACUCUAACGACGUUCCGAGACUCGUUUCUGCUCACCGAUCUCACUCUGAACACCAAAGAUGGCAGGAAGAUGCACACACACUCCAUUGUCAUGGCAGCCGUCAGUUCCCUAGUCAAGGACAGUCUGAACAACGUGUACCAGGAAGGACAGCAUAGGCCGUCCAUCUCCAUGGAUAUAGAUGUGGACCACCGUGGGUUAGAUGCGAUUGUGGAGUUUGCCUACACUGGACUCAUAUCCUGUCUGGAUGAGGUGGAGCAACUGAAGGCGGCAGCUCAGACCCUGGGUGCUUACAGAAUGCUGGAUUGUCUGAGGAAGAUGCAGGAGAAAUCAAGCACUAAUGAAGGAGGUAUCUCAGCUGCAGAACAACUGGCCAUCAGUUUGCAGUCCAUUACAGACCUGUGGUUAGACCAAGUGGCCUGUGACGUCAUCCUAGAAGCAGUUGGAUCAUCAUUUCCGGUCAACAGAGUCAUCCUGGCUGCUAGUAGUGACUUCUUUCGUGGAAUGUUUAGUUCAGGCAUGAGAGAGUCCACUCAGUCCCGCAUCAGCCUUCCCUUUCUGGCAGCUUCAGAUUUGGAAGUUCUCAUCGGUUCCUCCUACAGUGGCACCAUUCCCUUAAGCUGGAGUCGUGUGUUCAAUAUCAGCAGCAUCUCCCUUCAGCUCCAGUACCAGCCGGCGCUCUCCCUAAGCCUGAACUUCCUACAGCAGGAACUCAACCCACACUCGUGCCUUGAUGUGGUAUCUUUUGCCGAAGCCUACCAGGUGGAGCAACUUCUCAAAGUGUCUGACAACUUUGUGUUGCGGCAAUUCCAAAAGGUGGCGAGCACCUCCAAGUUCAAGGACCUGCCUGCCAAACAGCUCUUGAGGUACCUUAACAGUCGCUCGCUCUGUGUUCCGUCUGAGCUAGUUGUGUUUAAGGCAGUGGCAGCCUGGAUCCAAGCUAGACCCAAAACCAGGCUUCGACAUGCCAAGGAGCUCAUGGAGACCGUCUACUUCCCUCUCAUGACCUUUGAGGAAUUCAAAGAAGUUCAAUCUGUGAACAUGUGGUCCAAACACAACCUGACAGACCUGUAUGAAACCGUUUGGAAGGAUUUUUGCUCUAAUAAUAUGGCACCACAGAGCCAGUGCCGCGUCUACCUGCCAGAACAGAAUCUAGUCCUGACCGGAGGUGACCAAAUCUCUGAGGACCUGGGCCGUCGACAUAUCAGCAGUGAAGUCUGGUUUGGGAAUUCCCUGAUGAACCACACAGGAAUAAAAAAGGAAAUGGAGUGGAGGCGGCUGAGAGAUAUGCCCGAGCCUUCCAGGUUUCGUCAUGAGGCGGCGGUGCUCAAAGGACAACUGUACGUAUUGGGCGGCAAGAGAUACUAUGGCACCGGAGACACCUUGGAUUGCGUGUACAGAUACGACCCGCUUCAAAACAGUUGGCAGAGAAUGGCAGACAUGACCCAGAAGAGGAACUCCUUCUCUGUGGUGGUAAUGAGUGGGAGCAUUUAUGCCAUCGGGGGGUGCUGUGACCCUGAAUACAUAGAGAGCGUGGAAUGCUUUUCACCAGCUGCAAACUCUUGGAGCUUGGCUUGUCCGCUGGAUCAAACCCUGGGUGGACAUGUGGCCAAAGUGUUGCAAGGACAGAUUUUUAUUUCUGGAGGACUGAACAGCGACUGUCUCUGUCUGGCCUCUCUGUUUGUGUACCAUCCUGAGAUAGGAAGCACCUACUUAGCAAACAUGUCUCAACCACGGGCCUACCACUGCAUGGAGAAUCUGGACAACCGUCUCUACGUGGCCGGGGGGAUCACAGUGGACAGUAACGACACAGCGAUAGACCAACUGACUUGUGAGGUGUACGAUCCCUCCAGUGACACGUGGACAGCCUUCUCAUCCCUGCUGGUGCCUCAUGUGGGGGCAGGUAGCGCCAUAUUGGAGGGCAAGGUGUACCUACUCGGCGGAUACAGCCAGGAGGACUACAGCGACACCAAAAUGGUCCACCGCUAUGACCCCGCCCUGCAAAAAUGGGAGAACAUGGGCAAGAUGCCAGGACCCAACAACGACCUGCGAGUGUCUUUGCUACAUUUGCCACCACAUGUGCGCAUGUAGGGCAUUUUAUACGAUAAGUUACCCUCAAAGUGGUUAAACGGUAACAUUUCUUAAUGGGCUGUAUUCAGAAGAGUCUAAAUUUACGAAGAUGUUUUUUUGUUGUACAGUAAUACCUCAACUUACUGUCACAAUGUGUUGUCGGUGACGAACCCCAAGAUGCAGAGAUGGUGGCAGGCAUUGAGCAGGAAAACAUGAUUUAAUGUUCAUAAAAUAAAGGUAAAAACACAAACCAGGAACUAGGAAUAGCCAAAACUGAAAACAGGAACUAGCAAACAGAAAAACUGUAAACAGCUAAUGGCUAACAAGAAAACACAAAACAAAAGAGCUAGGAGAAAGCAAACUACAAAUCGCUAAUAGGAACAGCUUACCGCUUCGACGACAGGUACAAGGACAAGUAGUAGCGCGACAGGUAGUAGCUGUAACGAUAUCAACACGACAGGUAGGAAUGACAUCAACAAGAACUAGCGACAAUAAUCCAGCCCUGACUGGAGGGGAAGGCAGGUUCAAAUAGCAGCUGGCUGAUUGACACCAGGUGUGGCCAGGUGCCAAUCAGCCACAGCUGAGGGGACAAAGCACUCAGGGAGAUAAUCAGGAAAUAACCAAAAUAAGAGCGCUGACAGGAAACAAAGACAAACGCAGAGGAAAAACUUAAACAUGGCCAAACUGUCAGGGACAAGCCUGACACUUACAAGCUUAAUUGGUUGUAAUUGGCUGUGUGACAGAGCUCUUAACUCAAAACACGUGUAUCUCAAAUCAAGAUCCAACACUGAUAAUGAUUUUAAAUCAAUUUAAUCAGUGCUUGGCGUGCCCAAAACAGCACAAUUUUAACAUGUAGUAUGCAUUUUAAAGAAGAAAGUCAAUCUUUUAGAAUAUAAAUAUUGUAUGAAAAACUAUACAAUCAAAUGUAUUACAAAAAAGUACAGUAGUUUUAUUAUGAAGUAAUGUCAUUGUAAUGUACAAAAUGUACCUUGCAGAGUGGACUUCUACGAUAUCGCCUUCCAGCUUCUCCAUGGUCUGCUGUUUACAUAAUAUUUUUUACAACCUUUGCUAGCGUUAUCAACCCAUUCUGCUUUAGUAUAGUGCAGACAUUUGUAUUGCUUUUGAUGAUUGCUUUCUUUCAUUCGCUUUCUUCCUUUCCAGCAUUGGAAAACAAAGUUAGGUGGAUCUCUAGCUAUAAGCUAGCGAGUGAGACCAGAUGUUUUGGGCGGACCUUACAAGGCUUACUGUGACUUUUGCUACGCCAAUUAUUGGCGGGGAUUCUUGUAACUUAAAU